GAGGAGGAGGAGGACCUGCGAAGCGAUACAGGUCCAAAUAAGAAUUGGAGGAGAGGAUCAAGAGAGGAGGAGGAGGACCUGCGAAGCGAUACAGGUCAAACGAAGAAGAGUUGGAGGAGAGGAUCAAGACAGGAGGAGGAGGACCUGCGAAGCGAUACAGGUCAAACGAAGAAGAAUUGCAGGAGCGCGUGUGCCAUUCCUCCGGUCCAGCAUGGCGGGUGAAAGCUUGUUCCCGAAGUCCAAGAGCUGGGUGUGGAACGACCAUCGCGGGGAGUUGGUGAAAAUAAGUCAGGACGGUCGGCCGGCCAGCCCCUCCGCCUCCUCUUCCACCUCCCGCCGCUUCUCUCCCGCACCUGGACAGAAGCAUCCCAGCAGGGAAGCAGUGGUGUCCAAGAGGGUGGUAGAGGCCCAGUACGGACGCCUGGACCUUGGCGAGUGGGAGUGUGACGCUAACUCCCCCGUCACCUUCCAGGACUGCGUCAAGGUAGCUCUCCACCUGCAGGCCCUGGAAACGCCUCUGUCCAAGCUGUUUCUCGAGGUGGUGAAGCUGGAGAAGGUCCAGAAGCUGCUGCGGGGCCUGGUGGAGUACUUCGCUGAGCUCUUCGUGCAGGCAGACUUGGUCCAGAGCAUCGCCCCGCCUGCCGUGGCCAACCAGCGCCUCUUGCAGCAGAGAUGGGAGCGCCGACUCUCGCAGGUGCUUCAUCCCCUCUCAGCCACGUACGUCCAGCUCAUCCUCGGUCACGGCCUCAACCAGCUCCACCACAUGAAGCGUGGGCGUAGUCUGCAGAGCCUGGGCGUGCGGGACAACCACAUCUUCGAGCGGUUGUAUGAAUUGGCUGAGCUGCUCGUGUGGGUGACCUUCAGGCGCCGGGACAGGCCGGUCAUCCACGCGGAGGUCACCCGGCUCUUCCGCGGCGCCCACCACAACCACCACCACCAGCAACCACCGCAGCAGGGGGAGGAGGUGGGUGCUGACGUGCCCUCCUACACCGCCCCCACCACCACCACCUCCACCUCCACCGCCGCCACCACCAGGAGGAGGAGGAAGAGCAAGGAGCCGCCCCUCUCAAGUGUUGUCCGGGAGAGCUGCGGUUUGCUGCUUCGCCAGUUGCCGGAGCUCAGCCUCACCAAGUCCAUCAGCGUGCUGGCGGGCGACGCGCUGGGACCCCUCACCUAUGUGUCCGAAUCGGAGGGCGUGCGAGGGCGUGGCCUGUGGGUGCUGGGGGCGCGUCGGGCGGACCUCAACGAAUACCUUGAACCCGCGGCCGAGGAAGGGGACCAACUGAGCCUCUUGGACUAGUCGGAAUG